GUCUCGAGUUGGUUAAAAAUGUCUAACAAAGUCCUGACAGGCCAUUAUUCUCCAAAACUUAAGGAUUCUGGUCAGUCACGAGCAUUGGUUUGUGUCGGACGGUAAACAAAACUAUGAACAACCGAGUGAAAGGCGUUAUCGAAACGUUAGUCCUUUUUCGUCGAAGUUUAAUUUAUCAGACCAAGGAAUUUUUCAAUAACUCCACCCUUCAUGGCGUGCGUUACAUCGCGGAUGGUAGUCGACCCUUUGGGGAAAAAUUCAUGUGGUUUUCAUUUACCAGUAUCGGUGCGGUUGCAGCUCUUGUGAUCAUUAUGAGUUUAUGGGAAAAGUUUCAAACGAAUCCGACCAUUACAGGUUUGGAUACAGAUUUCCACAAUCAGCAAAUCAUAUUUCCAACUGUGGUUGUGUGUCCAACGAAUCCGUAUAAUGACAAGAAAGUUGAGGAAAUAGCAUACAAGGAAUUGGCUCAAUAUGAGGAAUCUGAAGCACCAUCCUACCAACCGUUCCUACGCAUGUUGACCAAACUAUCUUACCAGAACAUUGGAACUGCAUUCGAACUGAGCCUCAACUUCACCCCUGCUGCUGUUGGACAAACCAGUUUAAGACGAUUAGCGUUUCAGGUUAAAAUGGACUGUGAUGACCUCCUCACAUUCUGCCGAUAUCGAGAUGAAGAAGUUAAGUGUUGUCCCCACUUUGACGAAAUCUACACAGAAAGAGGAUUUUGUUUCGCUUUCAACACAAAGUUCAAAUCGUUUGAAACAAAGGACGAACAGUCAGUUGAGUUCCACGAUCUUUUCGAAACGGAUAAGAAGUGGGCUCUGCAGUUCAUCCCGUCAUCUGCCGUAAAUGUCUACAUCCAUUCUAAUAGAGAAUAUUUCGGUUGGGACUUUUCACCUCAAUUAAGUUGGGAGCCUAAUCAAGUGUCGGAGAUCCUGAUUUCCAUGAAGGAAACCUACACGACAGAGGAUGCUAAGCAACUGAGUAUUGGACAACGAAAAUGCGUUUUCUCUGACGAGAUAAAAUUGGACUUUUUUCCUAACGAAUACACAUUUUCGGGUUGCAUGAAAGAAUGCCGGAUCAAAAAGUGUAUAAAAAUGUGCAGAUGCAUCCCGCCUUUCUAUAAACCUUUGCCCAAUGUGCCAUACUGCAAAGUGGAACAGCUCGAGUGCCUUGCGAAGUACAAGGAUAACAUCACAAACAUCAGAGACUGCCAAAAGUGUGAGCUGAGCUGCUCCAAGACUGUGUAUGACGUGGAGAAGCUAAACAAAGAUUUCAGCCAAAGUGAUGAGCACUCUAUCAGUAUUGAAUACCUCACAUGGCCUAUUAUUCGCUACAAGCGCGAAGUACUUUUCGGGUGGGUUGACUUACUGGUAUCGUUUGGAGGAAUAGCUGGACUGUUUCUUGGGUUUUCCCUACUUUCUGGUGUUGAAAUUUUAUACUAUUUUACAAUGAGAGCUUGCUGUAUGGUCUACAAAAAUCGGGAAGAGCUGUACGCUAUCGAAGAGGAAAUACAACGAAAACCACCACCUCGGUUCGACAUGUCCCUAAGGAUCCCCAUGACGAAGUCGAAUACUGAAAAUCUACGUCGACAAAGCCUGCCUGCAAUGUCCACAGCAUCUAAAACUCCUCAUGAUAAAACUUUGCUCAAUCUAACUAAGAGAGGAAAACUGCUGGGUCCUACCCCGAUUUCACAUGUAUCAAGGAAAACUCUGGCAGCAGAGAGAAUUAAAAAGGCUCAACAGAAGGGCACAUUCAAGCCUAUUGUUAAGCAAGUGAAGCCAGUGGCAGCUACUGACCAACCUUACUGGAACAACUUGCGUCGGAAAAGUUUGGAACCGCCAAGAUUUGAAUUUUUACCUUGAAACAAUGUUUUUCUCUAUAAUUGUAAACUCUUUAAUAAAAUGUUGUUCGUA